AUGCGGGUUUUCAGGUGCAGAAGAGAGCAGGAACAGGAGGAGGAGGAGGUCCGCUUGCAUACAGAGCAGCAUCAGGACAAAUUAAAGGGGAACAGCAAUGCCCUGAACACAACUAAUCAGGGACAGGAUGGUGGAGCGACGGUGCGCGCGCACACGCGCUCUUUGCGCUACUGCGAGCGGAGCUUUGUGCAGACGGGCUGCGGUGGAGCGGCUGUGGCCCUGCAUGGCUGUGGAUUAGCUGCGUGCGUGUGCGCGUGUGUGUGUGAGGAGGCGAGAAGAGAGCGAGCAGCCAUGGCUGACGGCGGAGAAGCGGAAGAUGAGAUCCAGUUCUUACGAACGGAUGAUGAGGUCGUGCUGCAGUGUGUGGCCUGCAUUCAGAAGGAGAAUCGCAAGUUCUGUCUGUCCGCUGAGGGUUUUGGCAAUCGGCUAUGCUACAUGGAACUCACCUCAGAGGCCAAGUAUGUCCCUCCAGAUCUAUGCAUCUGUAACUUUGUGCUGGAGCAGUCACUGUCUGUUCGGGCACUGCAGGAGAUGCUGGCCAAAACUGGGGAAAAUAAUGAACAGCUUAAAAUGAAAGCAGCCCAUGGAGGUGGACACAGAACCCUUCUGUACGGACAUGCUAUCCUCCUGCGGCACUCCUUCAGUAGAAUGUAUCUGACAUGUUUAAAGACAUCCAGGUCACUGACAGAUAAGUUGUCUUUUGAUGUCGGGCUUCAGGAGGACUCAACAGGUGAAGCUUGUUGGUGGACUAUCCAUCCUGCAUCCAAGCAGAGAUCAGAGGGGGAGAAGGUUCGCAUCGGUGAUGACCUCAUUCUUGUCAGUGUAUCAUCAGAGCGUUAUCUUCACCUGUCCAUCUCCAAUGGCAACAUCCAGGUCGAUGCAUCUUUCAUGCAGACUCUGUGGAAUGUCCAUCCCACCUGUUCAGGCAGCAGUGUGGAGGAAGGCUAUCUCCUUGGUGGUCAUGUGAUGCGUUUUUUUCAUGGUCAUGAUGAGGUUUUGACGAUCCCCGGCUCAGAUCAGAGUGAGGAGCAACAAAGAAUAGUCAACUAUGAGACUGGCAAAGUAGGGGCCAAGGCCAGAUCUCUUUGGAGAUUGGAACCGCUACGGAUCAGUUGGUGUGGCAGUCAUAUCCGCUGGGGGCAGCCAUUUCGCCUGUGCCACCUCACCACUGGUCAUUAUCUGGCCCUGACUGAAGACAAAGGCCUCGUGCUGCAGGAUCGGGAGAAAUCCGACACAGUCUCCACCGCCUUCUGCUUCCGAGCCUCUAAGGAGAAGCUGGAGUCGAGUCUAAAGAAAGAUGUUGAGGGCAUGGGGGUGCCUGAGAUUAAAUAUGGAGACUCUCUCUGUUUCAUCAUGCACGUGGCCACUGGCCUGUGGCUCUCGUACCAGGCACCAGAUGUGAAAUCAACACGAUUGGGGCCUCUCAAGAGACGAGCAUGUCUCCAUGCGGAAGGACACAUGGAUGAUGGCUUCACACUUCAACGCUGUCAGCAUGAAGAAUCACGUGCCGCACGUAUCAUCCGCAACACCACCAGACUCUUCAGUCAUUUCAUCAGAGACCUGGAUAAUCUUGCUGGGAAGAAUCGCUCAGCUGUUGUUCUCCCCAUUGAUGAGGUUCUGCAGACCCUUAAUGACCUCAUUACAUAUUUUCAACUCCCUGAUGCCGAGCUGGAGCAUGAGGAGAAGCAGAUCAAGCUGCGAUCACUGAAGAACCGUCAGAACCUCUUCAAACAGGAGGGGAUGCUAACAUUGGUGUCUAACUGCAUUGAUCGUUUGAGUGUCUACAACAGUGCAGCACACUUUGGGGAAUGUGUGGGACAGGAAGCUGGCACAGCUUGGAAAGACAUUCUCAAUCUGCUCUAUGAGCUCCUGGCUGCUUUGAUCCGAGGUAAUAGAAAUAACUGCACACAAUUCUCCCAAAACCUGGACUGGCUGGUCAGCAAGCUGGAGAGACUCGAAUCAUCCUCAGGGAUCCUAGAGGUUCUUCACUGCAUUUUAAUUGAAAGCCCAGAGGCACUUAACAUCAUUCAGAGAGGACAUAUCAAAUCUAUAAUCUCGCUACUGUACAAACAUGGUCGAAACCACAAGAUCCUGGAUGUUCUGUGCUCACUGUGUGUUUGUAACGGAGUGGCCGUAAGAGCAAAUCAGAACCUUAUCUGUGAUCACCUUCUCCCAAAACGAGACCUGUUACUCCAGACACGGCUGGUCAAUGAUGUUCAAAGCAUGAGACCUAAUAUCUUUCUGGGAGUGAGAGAAGGUUCAGCUCAAUACAAGAAGUGGUACUUUGAGCUGAUGAUAGACCAAGUGGAGCACUUUGUAACCAGCGAACCUUCUCACCUGCGGGUCGGGUGGGCUUCCUCCAAAGGCUAUGCCCCUUAUCCCGGGGGAGGAGAGGGCUGGGGAGGGAAUGGAGUUGGAGAUGACCUCUAUUCUUAUGGCUUCGAUGGACUUCACUUGUGGUCAGGUCGAAUCCCACGGAGAGUAGCUUCAGUAAACCAGCACAUACUUACCUCAGAUGAUGUCGUCAGCUGCUGUUUGGAUCUCGGAGCUCCAAGUAUCUCCUUUAGAAUCAAUGGGCAGCCUGUUCAAGGCAUGUUUGAGAGCUUCAACAUAGACGGUCUCUUCUUCCCUGUUGUCAGCUUCUCCGCUGGUGUCAAGGUGCGCUUUCUUUUAGGUGGUCGCCACGGUGAAUUCAAGUUCCUGCCUCCAUCAGGGUACGCCCCUUGCUAUGAGGCAUUGCUUCCCAAAGAAAGGAUGCGAGUAGAACCAGUGAAGGAGUACAAAAGGGACAUGGAUGGAGUGAGAGACCUGCUGGGCACCACACAGUUUCUUUCCCAGGCUUCCUUUAUCCCCACACCAGUGGACACCUCUCAGAUUGUCAUGCCUCCUCACCUAGAGAAAGUACGUGACCGGCUGGCUGAGAACAUCCAUGAACUAUGGGCCAUUAACAAGAUUGAACUGGGCUGGUCUUAUGGCAAGCGUAUAAGGGACGAUAAUAAAAGGCAGCACCCCUGCUUGGUGGAUUUCUCAAAGCUGCCUGAAACAGAGAAGAAUUACAACCUGCAGAUGUCAACAGAGACAUUAAAGACUCUUUUGGCUCUGGGCUGCCAUGUGGUUCAGGUCAAGGCCAACGCUGAGGAAGAGCUAAAAAAAGUGAAACUCCCAAAGAACUACAUGAUGUCUAAUGGCUACAAGCCAAUGCCACUGGAGCUGUCAGAAGUGAAGUUAAGCCCUGCACAAGAGCUUCUUGUUGACAAGUUGGCUGAGAAUGCACACAACGUUUGGGCCAAAGAUCGGGUCAAACAAGGCUGGACCUAUGGUAUACAGCAGGAUGUGAAAAGCAAGCGCAAUCCUCGUCUUGUGCCGUAUGCAUUGCUUGAUGAGCGCACUAAGAAGUCAAACCGAGACAGCCUGCGUGAAGCCAUCCGUACACUAAUUGGAUAUGGCUAUAACAUCGAGCCUCCUGACCAGGAAGGGGGUCACGUGGUGGAGAGGCUAAGUAUUGAUAAGAUUCGUUUUUUCCGUUUGGAGAGGACGUAUGCAGUGAAAACAGGAAAGUGGUAUUUUGAGUUUGAGGUGGUGACUGGAGGAGAUAUGAGGGUCGGAUGGGCUCGGCCAGGUGUGCGGCCUGAUGUGGAACUAGGAACAGAUGACCAGGCCUAUGUCUUUGAUGGUUAUAAAGGUCAUCGUCUCCACCAGGGCAGCCGCUUGUUUGGUCGUUGCUGGCAUGCUGGUGAAGUGGUGGGCUGCAUGAUCAACAUGGAGGACAAGUCCAUGAUCUUUACACUUAAUGGAGAAAUUCUCAUAACAAACAAGGGCUCAGAACUUUGCUUUGCUGACUUUGAGACUGAGGAUGGCUUUAUUCCAGUCUGCAGCCUGGGCCUUUCCCAAGUUGGACGUAUGAACCUGGGCAAGGAUGCCAGUACCUUCAAAUAUUAUACCAUGUGUGGCUUGCAAGAGGGAUUUGAGCCCUUUUCUGUCAACAUGAACCGGGAGGUGACUAUGUGGUUCAGCAAGCGCCUCCCUACUUUUGUCGAUGUUCCUAGAGAUCAUAGACAUAUUGCGGUCACAAGGAUUGAUGGCACCAUUGACAGCCCCCCAUGUCUGAAAGUGACUCACAAGACAUUUGGGACGCAGAACAGCAAUGCUGACAUGGUGUUCUGUCGUUUGAGCAUGCCAGUCGAGUUCCACUCCACCUACAAGAGUGUCCCUGUUCCUGAAAUGAAUGGAGUGCACGAAGAAGAGCCACUCAAACUCAAAUAUAGGUAUCCUGUGAAAUCUAUGAAACACAUAGAUGAGGGCAGAAGAGUUGACUACAGUAGCAUAACAACUUAUUACUAUUCAGUGCGAGUGUUUGCUGGUCAGGAUCCCUCAUGUGUGUGGGUUGGCUGGGUCACACCUGACUACCAUUAUUACAGCAACUACUUUACUCUCAGCAAGAUCCGAACCGUGACAGUUACUUUAGGGGAUGAGCGAGGUCGGGUCCAUGAAAGUGUUAGAAGGAGUAACUGCUACAUGGUAUGGGGAGGUGAUGUCAUUAGCUCCAGCCACUCAUCUAGCAGAAGUAAUGUGGAUUUGGAGAUUGGUUGCCAGAUUGAUUUGGCUACUGGCUUGGUGACUUUUACUGUCAAUGGCAGAGAGCUUCCAACAUCAUAUCAGGUGGAGCCAAAUACAAAGCUUUUCCCUGCUGUGUUUGUACGUCCUACCAGUCCAAAUCUCUUCCAGUUUGAAUUGACAAAGAUCAAGAAUGCUAUGCCACUUUCAUCAGCAAUUUUUAAGAGUGAACACAAGAACCCAAUCCCUCAAUGUCCACCUCGUCUGGAUAUCCAGACUAUUAAGUCGGUUUUAUGGAGUCGGAUGCCCAACACUUUUCUGAAGGUGGACACAGCUCGAGUGAGUGAGAGACAUGGCUGGCAGCUGCAAUGUCUGGAGCCCCUGCAGAUGCUGGCGGUACACAUUCCAGAGGAAAACCGGUGUGUGGAUAUCAUGGAGCUCUCUGAGCAGGAAGACCUGCAGACAUUCCAUUAUCACACCCUUAAACUUUACCGUGCUCUCUGUGCCCUUGGUAACACCCGUGUAGCCCACGCUCUUUGCAGCCACCUUGACCAAUCACAGCUCCUUUACAUUAUUGACAACCAAUAUUUGUCUGGCUUACUGCGCCAAGGCUUCUAUGAUGUCCUCAUCAGUAUACAUCUUGAAACAGCCAAAGCUGCACAGCUUAUGAUGAACAAUGAAUUCAUCAUCCCAAUCACAGCAGAGACCCGCAGCAUCCGACUCUUUCCAGAUACCUCCAAGCAGCACCAGCCACCUGGUGUAGGACUCAGUACAUCUCUAAAACCUAGCCUUAGCUUUGGUCCACCAUGCUUUAUUACUCCGAAACGUGACCAGUACCUCUACAGCCCGGAAAUUCCUUUGGACGUCCUGAGGGAGAAGGCAAUAAGCAUGCUAACAGAGGCAGUUCAGGGAGGGGGAGACCACAUUCGAGAUCCUGUAGGGGGCAGUGUAGAAUAUCAGUUUGUGCCAAUUCUCAGACUGAUUAGCACAUUGCUAACCAUGGGUGUGCUAACAAGCCAGGAUGUCCAUAAGAUUUUGCUCCUCAUUGAACCGCAUGUUUUUGGGGAGCAGAAAGAAGAUGAAAUGGGGGAAGCUACAGAGAAAGAGGGGAUGACAGGAACAGAAAAGAAGGCAGUGGAGGCCGGAGAGGAAGAAGCCAAAGAUACCAAGCAGCCAAUAAAGGGAUUAUUGGAGAAGAAACUGCCAGAGUCGGUCAAACUGCAGAUGUGCAAACUUCUUCAGUACUUCUGUGACUGUGAGCUGCGGCACCGUAUUGAGGCCAUUGUGUCAUUUUCUGAUAGCUUUGUGUCAAAGCUGCAGUACAACCAGAAGUUUCGUUAUAAUGAGUUAAUGCUUGCUCUUAACAUGUCUGCUGCUGUUACUGCCAAAAAGACUAAAGAGUUCCGCUCUCCACCACAGGAACAGAUCAACAUGCUGUUAAAUUUCAGUAUGGGAGAGGACUGUCCAUGUCCGGAGGACAUUCAGGAGGAACUUUAUGACUUUCACGGUGAACUUCGUUUACACUGCGGGAUCCCAAUGGAGGAGGAGGAAGAGGACCACGAUACAUCCAUUAAAGGCCGUCUAGUGGCUCUAGUUAACAAGAUCAAAGGGCAGCCACAGAUAGCAGAAAAGAAGCCCACAGAGAAGGAGCACGCCACCCCUUCCAACCUAAAGGAAUUGAUCUCUCAGACCAUGGUAAGCUGGGCUCAGGAGACCCACAUCCAAGACCCACAACUGGUGCGUGCCAUGUUCAGCCUACUGCGUCGACAAUAUGACAGCAUUGGCGAGCUGCUGCGUGCUAUGCGCAAAACUUACACCAUCAGUGCUGCAUCUGUGCAUGACACCAUCCACCUACUGGCCUCGCUGGGUCAGAUCCGUUCUCUGCUCAGCGUCCGUAUGGGAAAAGAAGAAGAACAGCUUAUGAUUGAUGGUCUCAGUGACAUAAUGAACAAUAAGGUGUUCUACCAGCACCCAAACCUGAUGAGAGUACUGGGCAUGCAUGAGACGGUCAUGGAGGUUAUGGUGAACGUACUCGGGGGAGGAAAGUCUCAGGAAAUUGCUUUUCCCAAGAUGGUGGCUAGUUGCUGCCGCUUCCUGUGCUAUUUUUGUCGAAUCAGCCGACAGAACCAGAAGGCCAUGUUUGAUCAUUUGAGUUACCUGCUAGAGAACAGCAGUGUGGGCUUGGCUUCUCCAUCGAUGAGAGGUUCAACUCCUCUAGACGUAGCAGCUUCUUCUGUAAUGGACAACAACAGCCUUGCACUUGCUCUUGAGGAGCCUGACCUCGACAAGGUGGUAACCUAUCUGGCUGGCUGUGGACUGCAGAGUUGUGACAUGCUCCUUGCCAAAGGCUAUCCAGAUAUAGGUUGGAACCCAAUUGAGGGCGAGCGCUACCUGUCCUUUCUCCGCUUUGCUGUCUUUGUCAAUGGUGAAAGUGUAGAAGAGAACUCUAGUGUCGUUGUGAAGCUGCUGAUUCGUCGGCCUGAAUGCUUUGGCCCUGCACUGCGUGGAGAAGGCGGUAAUGGGCUGCUAGCUGCCAUGAAGGAAGCCAUUAAAAUAUCAGAAACACCAGCGCUCGACCUGUCCUGCCCCACCCAGGGCCUUGUGUCUGACACGUCUACAGAGGAUGAGGAGGAAGAAGAGGUGGUUCACAUGGGCAAUGCCAUCAUGUCCUUCUACUCAGCCCUCAUCGACCUGCUGGGACGCUGUGCACCUGAAAUGCAUCUAAUUAAUAAGGGUAAAGGAGAGGCUUUGAGAAUCCGUGCCAUCUUGCGCUCCUUGGUGCCUACUGAAGACCUUGUCGGUAUUAUUAGCAUCCCUCUCGGAAUGCCUGUUGUCAAUAAAGAUGGCAGUGUGACAGAACCCGAUAUGUCAGCCUGUUUCUGCCCAGACCACAAGGCACCCAUGGUCCUGUUUCUGGACCGGGUCUAUGGCAUAGAAGACCAAAGCUUCCUCCUGCAUCUUCUGGAAGUUGGCUUCCUGCCUGACCUAAGAGCAGCUGCCUCUCUGGACACAGAAGCGCUAAGGACUACAGAAACGGCACUGGCUAUGAAUCGGUAUAUCGGCUCCGCAAUGCUGCCACUGCUGACUCGCUGUGCCCCUCAUUUUGCUAGUACAGAACACCAUGUCACACUCAUUGACUCGACGCUUCACACCAUCUACCAGCUGAGCAAGGGCUCCUCACUCACUAAAGCCCAGAGAGAUGCUAUUGAGGAGUGCCUGCUGGCGGUGUGCAAGUACUUGAGACCAUCUAUGCUUCAACAGCUUCUUCGUCGCUUGGUGUUUGACGUGCCUUUGUUGUCUGAAUACUGUAAGAUGCCUCUAAAGCUGUUGACCAACCAUUAUGAGCAGAACUGGAAGUAUUAUUGCCUGCCAUCUGGUUGGGGCAGCUAUGGGAUGGCCUCUGAGGAGGAAUUACUCCUCACCAAGAAGAUCUUUUGGGGCAUCUUUGAUUCACUCUCUCAAAAAAAGUAUGAGCAGGAGCUGUUUAAGAUGGCCAUGCCAUGCCUGAGCGCUAUAGCUGGAGCUUUGCCUCCGGAUUAUGUUGACUCUUCUCUGAGCACCACACUGGAAAAGCCGGUCUUUGUGGAUGCGCAGGGCAACUUUGACCCCAGACCCAUCAGCACAACAAACAUCUCUCUCCCAGAGAAGCUGGAAUUCAUCACUCACAAAUACGCUGAGCAUUCCCAUGACAAAUGGUCCGCUGAGAAGGUUGUUUCGGGCUGGAAGUAUGGAGAUGGUAUCGACGAGAAAUCAAAAACACACCCCAUGUUGAGAUCCUACAAAUCACUUAUGGAGAAGGAAAAGGAUAUUUACCGCUUCCCAGUGAAGGAGUCUUUGAAGAGCAUGCUAGCCAUGAACUGGAACAUUGACAGGACCAAAGAAGGAGAGGCCAUGUUUCAGCAGAGAGAAAAUGAGAAGAUGCGCAAAAUUUCCCAAACAUCUCAGGGUAGUGGUUUUCAUCCAAGUCCUGUAGACAUGAGUAAUGUGCUGCUGUCUCGAGAACUGCAGGCUAUGGUAGAGGUUUUGGCUGAAAACUACCACAACAUAUGGGCUAAAAAGAAAAAGAGUGACCUAGAAGUGAAAGGUGGAACACAUCCCUUGUUGGUGCCAUAUGAUACACUAACAGCCAAAGAGAAAGCCAGAUACCGUGAGAAAGCCCAAGACCUGUUCCGCUUUUUACAAAUAAAUGGCUAUGCCAUUACCAGGGGUUUGAAAGACAUGGAGCAAGACUCUUCCUCAAUGGAGAAACGGUUUGCCUAUAAAUUCCUGAAGAAGCUGCUGAAAUAUGUGGACUGUGCACAGGAAUACAUUUCUCACCUCGAGGCUAUGGCUAGCAGUGGAAAGAGCGACAGGUCACCUCAUGAGCAAGAAAUCAAGUUCUUUGCCAAGGUGCUUCUACCACUAAUAGAUCAGUACUUUAAGAACCACUCUCUAUACUUCCUGUCCUCCCCGAGUAAGAACCUCAGCAGCAGUGGAUAUGCUUCGAACAAAGAGAAAGAGAUGGUUACCAGUCUUUUCUGUAAGCUUGCAGCUCUUGUUAGACACAGGAUCUCUCUCUUUGGAAGUGACUCUGCUACUAUGGUUAGCUGUCUUCAUAUCCUGGCCCACACGCUUGACACUAGAACAGUUAUGAAGUCUGGCUCUGAGCUGGUGAAGGCUGCCUUGAGGACGUUCUUUGAGAAUGCAGCAGAUGACCUCGAGAAAACGCUGGAGAACUUGAAACUAGGAAAGUUUACACACUCACGGAGCCAGAUGAAGGGAGUAUCGCAGAACAUCAAUUACACCACAGUUGCCCUGUUACCCAUCCUCACUGCGCUGUUUGAGCACAUCGCUGAGCAUCAGUUCGGUGUGGACCUUCUGUUGGAUGAUGUCCAGGUGUCCUGCUAUUGGAUCCUGAACAGUCUUUACUCAUUGGGGACUGGGAAGAACAUAUAUGUUGAAAGACAGCUACCAGCUCUGGGUGAAUGUUUGGCUACGCUAGCAGGAGCGAUGCCCGUGGCAUUUUUGGAGCCUCACCUCAACACACACAACCCAUUCUCUGUUUUCAACACCAAGACAGCACGAGAACGAGCUGUACUAGGAAUGCCUGAUACUGUAGAACAGAUGUGCCCAGAAGUGCCACAUCUGGAUUGCCUGAUAAAAGAUAUCAACGACAUGGCUGAGUCUGGAGCUCGCUACACUGAAAUGCCCCAUGUAAUUGAGGUAGUGCUGCCCAUGCUGUGCAACUAUUUGUCCUACUGGUGGGAGAGAGGCACAGAGAACCAGACAAAGGGCACAGCAACUGCAUGUAGUACCACUGUCACCUCUGAACACCUGAGCAUCAUCCUGGGCAACAUCCUCAAGAUCCUGAAUAGCAACCUAGGCAUUGACGAGGCCUCCUGGAUGAAGAGAAUUGCAGUGUAUGCUCAGCCCAUCAUCAGCAAGGCGAGGGCAGAUCUGUUAAAGACGCACUUCCUGCCGACGCUGGAGAAAUUAAAGAAGAAGACAGUGAAGGUGGUGGCAGAAGAGGAGCUUCUUAAGGCGGAUAACAAAGGCGACACCCAGGAGGCAGAGCUUCUCAUCCUAGAUGAGUUUGCCGUGCUGUGCAGGGAUUUGUAUGCGUUUUAUCCCAUGCUCAUUCGCUAUGUGGACAACAAUAGAUCUCGAUGGUUGAAAGAGCCUGAUGCUGACUCUAAUGAGCUCUUCAGGAUGGUAGCCGAAAUUUUCAUCUUAUGGUGCAAGUCACACAAUUUUAAGAGAGAGGAACAGAACUUUGUUGUACAGAAUGAGAUCAAUAAUCUCUCCUUCCUCACUGGGGACAGCAAAACAAAGAUGUCAAAGUUGUUUCUGCCAAAGGCAGGAGGACAGGAUCAGGAGAGAAAGCACAAGAAGAAACGUGGUGAGGUUUACUCUAUCCAGACCUCACUCAUCGUGGCAGCUCUGAAAAAAAUGCUGCCUAUUGGGCUGAACAUGUGCACACCUGGAGACCAGGAGCUCAUCUCAUUGGCCAAGACUCGUUAUGGCAUGAAAGAUACAGAUGAGGAGGUCAAGGAGCAUUUGAGGAGGAACAUGCACCUACAAGAGAAGUCAGAGGACCCUGCUGUAAGGUGGCAGCUUCACCUGUAUAAAGAUGUGGUUGUGAAGAAUGAGGGCCCACCCGAUCCAGAGCGCACAAUUGAUCGCCUACAGACCAUUUCAGCCGCAGUAUUUCACCUCGAACAGGUGGAGCAGCCACUCAGGUCCAAAAAGUGUGUGUGGCAAAAACUUCUCUCCAAACAGCGUAAGCGUGCGGUAGUGGCCUGUUUCCGCAUGGCACCGUUAUACAACCUGCCUAGGCAUCGCUCUAUUAACCUGUUCCUCACUGGCUACCAGAGAAUAUGGAUAGAGACAGAGACGUACUCAUUUGAAGAGAAGCUAGUGCAGGAUUUGGCAAGGACACAUCGGAAAGUAGAGGAAGAGGAAGAAGAAGUGCAUGAAACACAACCUGACCCUCUUCAUCAGCUUAUUCUGCACUUUAGUCAUAAUGCAUUGACAGAACGAAGUUCCCUUGAGGAUGAUUUGCUAUAUAUAGCAUACACAGACAUGAUGGCAAAGAGUUGUGCUGAAGAUGAAAAUGAGGAUGAGGAAGGAAAAGAGAAAACAUUUGAGGAAAAAGAGAUGGAAAAGCAGAAAACACUGUAUCAACAGGCCAGGUUACACGACCGAGGGGCUGCUGAGAUGGUUUUACAAGUCAUCAGUGCCAGCAGAGGUCGCCUGGGUCCCAUGGUAACAUUCACCCUUAAGCUUGGUAUCUCCAUUCUUAAUGGGGGAAAUAUUUUAGUUCAGCAGAAAAUGCUGGAUUAUCUAAAGGAGAAGAGGGAUGCCGGAUUCUUUAAGAGUCUGUCUGGACUCAUGCAGUCAUGCAGUGUAUUGGACCUAAAUGCAUUUGAGAGGCAAAACAAAGCUGAAGGAUUGGGUAUGGUGACUGAGGAAGGCUCAAUCAACGUGAGGGAGCGGGGUUCCAAGGUCCUUCAGAAUGAUGAGUUCACCAAAGACCUGUUUAGGUUCCUGCAGCUCCUCUGUGAGGGUCACAACAAUGACUUCCAGAACUUUUUAAGGACUCAGACUGGAAAUACAACUACAGUUAAUAUAAUAAUAAGCACAGUGGACUAUCUUCUUAGACUACAGGAGUCCAUCAGCGAUUUCUACUGGUAUUACUCGGGGAAAGAUGUAAUGGAUGAGGCUGGUCAGCGAAAUUUCUCAAAAGCGUUAGCUGUAGCUAAGCAGAUCUUUAACUCCCUUACUGAGUACAUACAGGGUCCCUGUAUCGGAAACCAACAGAGCUUGGCCCACAGUAGGUUAUGGGAUGCUGUUGUUGGCUUUUUGCAUGUUUUUGCCAACAUGCAGAUGAAGCUCUCACAGGACUCCAGCCAGAUUAAGUUGCUGAAAGAAUUGAUGGAUCUACAGAAGGACAUGAUAGUCAUGAUGCUGUCCCUUCUAGAAGGUAAUGUUGUGAAUGGAACCAUUGGCAAGCAGAUGGUAGACACCUUGGUGGAGUCUUCUAGCAAUGUGGAGAUGAUCCUCAAAUUUUUUGAUAUGUUCCUCAAGCUAAAGGACCUCACCACAUCUGAUAGUUUCAAAGAGCAUGACACCGAUGCCAAAGGAGUCAUUUCCAAAAGAGAAUUCCAAAAAUCUAUGGAAAAUCAAAAGCAGUACUCUCAGUCUGAAAUCGAGUUCCUGCUUUCUUGUGUUGAGGCUGAUGAAAAUGAUCUGUUUAACUAUGUGGAAUUUGUCAAACGCUUUCAUGAACCUGCCAAGGACAUCGGUUUCAAUGUCGCAGUUCUGCUUCGAAAUCUGUCAGAACACAUGCCCCAUGACUCUCGUCUGGCAACCUUCCUAAACCUGGCAGAAAGUGUUCUUAAUUACUUUGAGCCUUUCCUGGGCCGUAUUGAGAUCAUGGGUGGUGCCAAAAGAAUCGAAAGGGUCUACUUUGAAAUCAGCGAGUCCAGUAGAACCCAGUGGGAGAAACCACAAGUUAAGGAAUCCAAAAGGCAGUUUAUCUUUGAUGUAGUCAAUGAGGGUGGAGAAUCUGAAAAGAUGGAGUUGUUUGUAAAUUUCUGUGAAGACACCAUUUUUGAGAUGCAGUUAGCCUCUCUGAUCUCAGAGCCUGAUGCUGUGGAAAGAGGAGAGGAAGAUGAGGAUGAGUUACAGAAUGUAUCCAAGGAUCCUGAAGUGGAAGAGGAGGAAAAUACACUGGAAUCCUCUUCAGCUUUCACUAUGGCAUGUGUCUCAAUGAAGAAGAACCUCUGUAGUCUUGGCAGACUGCUCACCCUAAAGAGCCUGAGAAAACAAUACAAGAAGCUCAAGAAGAUGAGCCUGAGGGAGAUGAUUUCUGGGUUUUUCUCCUUUUUCUGGAUGAUCUUCAUUGGCCUCCUCCGCUUCCUUUACAACUUGGUGUGGUGCUUCUUCCAUAUCCUGUGGUCAACCCUGUUUGGUGGUGGGUUGGUAGAAGGUGCCAAGAAUAUGAAGGUGACGGACAUUCUUGGCAACAUGCCGGACCCCACCCAGUUUGGUAUCCAUGGUGAUGUGCUAGAGACUGAAAAAAUGGAGAUUAGUGAGGCUUCUUUGGUUGCAGAGAUUGACCAGAUGGCACAAGGAGACAAAACAGAAAUGGAUCUCAUGUCAGAGCUGUUGAGCAUACAGCCCAAGAAGGAGGGAGGAAAGCAUGGAACCGAGCCUGGUCUGGGAGAUGUGUCUGAAGUAAUUGGAGUCGAUUCCCCAUCUUUAGUUACUGCUGUGCGGCAAAAAAAGGCCCAGGAAGCUGCAAGUAAGAAGUCAGUUGAGAGUGAAUCAAAUGCAGAAUCAGAAAAAGCAGAUACAGAGGAUGGGGAGAAGAAUUAUCCAGACAAGGCUAAAGAGUUGCUCAUAGAAACCUUGUCAGAGGAAGAGAAGAAGCUACCCAAGAGGAGGUGCGGGCAGAAGAAAGAACAACCAGAGGCCAUUAUGGCUAGCUUUUUUGCUGGCCUGGACAUCUAUCAAACCAAGAUACUUAAUUACCUGGCUCGAAACUUCUAUAACCUGCGAUUUCUGGCGCUGUUUGUGGCAUUUGCCAUCAACUUCAUUUUGCUUUUCUAUAAGGUGACCGGCGAGGAGUCUGAAGAGGUGGACUCAUGGACAGGGAGAAGCGAAGAGGAGGAUGAAGGUGGCAUUGAGUAUUUUAUCCUGCAGGAGAGCACUGGUUACAUGGCACCCACGCUCCGCUGUCUAGCUGUUCUACACACUAUCAUCUCCUUCCUCUGCGUGGUCGGGUAUUACUAUCUAAAGGUGCCCCUGGUAGUUUUUAAACGAGAGAAGGAAAUCGCCAGAAAACUUGAAUUUGAUGGUCUGUAUAUCACUGAACAACCCUCUGAUGAUGACAUUAAAGGCCAAUGGGACAGACUUGUUAUUAACACACCAUCCUUUCCCAAUAACUACUGGGAUAAGUUUGUUAAACGGAAGGUGCUAAAAAAAUAUGGGGAUUUGUAUGGGGCAGAGAGGAUUGCUGAGUUGCUCGGUCUGGACAAAAGUGCUCUGGACUUCAACCCUACUGAAGAAACUAUUACUAAAGAGGCUUCGCUGGUCUCCUGGUUAAGCUCCAUUGACACAAAGUAUCAUAUCUGGAAAAUGGGUGUGGUGUUUACAGACAAUUCUUUCCUCUACCUGAUGUGGUAUACCACAAUGUCCAUCCUAGGCCACUACAACAAUUUCUUCUUUGCUGCUCAUCUGUUAGACAUUGCCAUGGGUUUCAAGACUUUGAGAACCAUCCUGUCUUCAGUCACUCAUAACGGCAAACAGCUGGUGCUGACUGUGGGUCUUCUGGCAGUAGUUGUGUAUCUCUACACCGUGGUGGCCUUUAACUUUUUCCGCAAAUUCUACAACAAGAGUGAAAGCGAAGACGAGCCAGACAUGAAGUGCGAUGAUAUGAUGACUUGCUAUCUGUUCCAUAUGUAUGUGGGUGUGCGUGCUGGUGGGGGAAUAGGCGAUGAGAUUGAGGAUCCAGCCGGUGACCCCUACGAGCUUUACCGCAUCCUCUUUGAUAUCACUUUUUUCUUCUUUGUCAUUGUUAUCCUUCUGGCUAUUAUCCAAGGUUUGAUUAUUGAUGCCUUUGGAGAAUUGCGAGACCAACAGGAGCAAGUCAAAGAGGACAUGGAGACUAAGUGCUUCAUCUGUGGCAUUGGGAAUGAUUACUUUGACACAACUCCACAUGGAUUUGAGACACACACUUUACAAGAGCACAACUUGGCAAACUACCUGUUUUUCCUAAUGUACCUUGUCAACAAAGAUGAAACGGAGCAUACUGGCCAGGAGUCGUAUGUUUGGAAGAUGUAUCAGGAGCGAUGUUGGGAUUUCUUUCCAGCUGGAGACUGUUUCAGGAAACAGUAUGAGGACCAGCUGGGUUAAAGCAAGUGAGAUUCCAAGCCACCAGCCUGUCCUCAGGGCUGUGAGCAGUAUACCAGCUUUUCAGUUUGUUUUCAACCAUUGACAUUGUCCACCCCAAUAAAUGAUCCUCUUUCAUACUAUUUUUGCAGGAGGAGUCCCAUUGCCAUAUUUGUUUUUUCUCUACGUCAGAUAAUGUUAUAUGAUGCAUUUAAAGUUCUAAUUGUUACCUCGGUCAACAGUGCCAAUUUAGCAAAGACUGUCUUGUUUUACUCAGUAUUAUUUUCCACAUUUGUUUCUCAGAAAAAAAAGAGAAAAAGAACAAAAAAAAAAAAACCUUUGCCGCAUAAACCUGAAACCUCUGCACAAAGUUCUUGUCCUUAAAGAACCACUGGGUUUUGUCGGGUUAAAGAACAUGUGAGUCUAUACCCUUAUAUGCACAAAGAAUAAUAUUUCAGUUUUUAGAGCGAAUGGAAUAAAAUAUACACAUGCCAAAAGAGAAUGAUGAAUAUCCCAUCUUUAGAGGGUAUGCAUUUUGAAGCCGUGCUCAGAUUUCAUUAAACUGCUUGCUUAUUUGAGAUGUGGGAUGAGAAGCCCAGGGCAGGUAUGUAUAAAGCCUCUUAAAUUGAAAAUUGGGUCUUAAGUGCCAAGAGAUCAGGAACUAUAGUAGCCCUAAUAAUGAAAGACCUUUGACAAAAUAAUAAAAGCAACAUACAAAAAAAAAAAAAAAAAUUUAGACUUGGACUUAAUUUUAAAAAGUAUUUAUGGUCAAGAGUUGAGAUACAGUGGGUUUUUGGAUGAAUUGCAUAUGAUGUUAUUCUUUUUUUAUCUUAGAACUAGUCAGUGAUUGAAUAUCUCUAACAAUAUAAGAAACGAUGCAAUAAUGACUGAUUAAAGCACGGCCAUUAAGGUCAUGUGGUCAUCUAGCUGCUCUGUUUGUUUCAUCCCCAAAGUGAGAAGUUGUUGUGGAAUGUAAAUACGAAUAAAUGACACGUUUAAGUUAAGUGCUUCCAUUCACAGCCAAUUUCUCAGCAUUUGCUUACAUCCUAACAAUAUAAUGCUGUAUACUGGGCAGUCUCUAGACAUGAUGGUGCUCGAGCAUCCAGCCACAGAUCACGCACAGAUUUCACCAGCUCCACCUGUGCAUGAACCCUGCAUAACCAAUGCCAGUGUCAAAUUUAAUACAGUCAGUUGUUGAACCUGAAAAGAAUAGACUGUUUCAUUUGUGCAUGGCUUUUGUAUUUUUUUAUGCUACAGUAUGAUCAGCAUCUGGCAUUUUGAUAGUGAAUACCCUCUUUUCUUGUAGUCAGAUGUUGUGCUCAGUACAGCAGGAUAUGAAGCAUUAAUCGCCUCUGCCAGUAAAUUUAUCAUAUUAUUAUUAUUAUU